UGGGUCCCGUGCUGUGUUUCAGGGAAGCUCAGCACCUGCGCCCCUUCGCACGAUCCCGCCGACAUGGCUCCUCAGGUCCCCAACAACGCCGACGUCUCGGCCAAGGUCGUGCAGGGCAAGCUGGACCGCCUGCCGCAGGCGGUGAGGGAGUUCGUCGAGCGCAGCGCCAGGGUCUGCCAGCCCGACCGCAUCCACAUCUGUGACGGCUCCGAGCGGGAGAACCAGCAGCUGCUGGGGCAGAUGGAGGAGCAGGGCGCCGUGAGGAGGCUGAGGAAAUACGACAACUGCUGGUUGGCGCUCACCGACCCCAGGGACGUGGCCAGAGUUGAAAGCAAGACAGUCAUCGUGACCAAAGAGCAGAGGGACACGGUCCCCAUCCCCAGGGCCGGCCCCAGCCAGCUGGGCUGCUGGAUGUCGGAGGCCGACUUCGAGAAAGCCUUCGACGCCCGGUUUCCGGGCUGCAUGAAAGGCCGCACCAUGUACGUCAUCCCGUUCAGCAUGGGGCCGCUGGGCUCCCCGCUGUCCAAGAUCGGCGUCGAGCUGACCGACUCGCCCUACGUGGUGGCCAGCAUGCGCAUCAUGACCCGGAUGGGCACGCCCGCCCUGGAAGCCCUGGGCAGCGGGGACUUCGUCAAGUGUCUCCACUCCGUGGGCUGCCCGCUGCCUUUGAAAAAGCCUUUGGUUAACAACUGGGCCUGCAAUCCGGAGCUGACCCUCAUCGCCCACCUGCCCGACCGCAGAGAAGUCAUCUCCUUCGGCAGCGGCUACGGCGGGAACUCGCUCCUGGGGAAGAAGUGCUUCGCGUUGCGCAUGGCCGGCCGGCUGGCCCAGGAGGAGGGGUGGCUGGCCGAGCACAUGCUGAUCCUGGGGAUCACCAACCCUCAGGGCCGCAAGAAGUACCUGGCGGCCGCGUUCCCCAGCGCCUGCGGGAAGACCAACCUGGCCAUGAUGAACCCCACGCUGCCCGGCUGGAAGGUGGAGUGCGUGGGCGACGACAUCGCCUGGAUGAAGUUCGACCAGCAAGGUAACUUACGGGCCAUCAACCCAGAAAACGGGUUCUUCGGCGUCGCCCCCGGCACCUCUGUGAAGACAAACCCCAACGCCAUCAGAACCAUCCAGAAGAACACCAUCUUCACCAACGUCGCCGAGACCAGCGACGGGGGCGUCUACUGGGAAGGCAUCGACCAGCCGCUGGCCUCCGGCGUCACGGUCACCUCCUGGAAGAACAAGGAGUGGUGCGCCGAGGACGGGGAACCGUGCGCCCACCCCAACUCGAGGUUCUGCACGCCUGCCCGCCAGUGCCCCAUCAUCGACCCCGCCUGGGAGUCCCCGGAGGGUGUGCCCAUCGAGGGCAUCAUCUUUGGGGGCCGCCGGCCUGCUGGUGAGGCGCCCCUCGGCCCGCGGGGGGAGGACGUGCCGCCCGUCCAGGGGGCCUUCCCUUCCAAGACCCCGAUGGCCAGCAGCGCCGGCGGGGGCAAAACCAUCAUGCACGACCCCUUCGCCAUGCGGCCCUUCUUCGGCUACAACUUCGGCAAGUACCUGGCGCACUGGCUGAGCAUGGCGCGGCGCCCCGGGGUCAAGCUGCCCAGGAUCUUCCACGUCAACUGGUUCCGCAAAGACAGGAGCGGCAAGUUCCUCUGGCCGGGCUUCGGGGAGAACUCCCGGGUGCUGGCGUGGAUGUUCGACCGGAUCGACGGGGCGGCCGGCGCCAGGCUCACGCCCGUGGGCUACGUCCCGGAGGAGGGCGCCCUGAACCUCGUGGGCCUGGGCGGCAUCGACGUCGGGGCGCUCUUCCACAUCUCCAAGGAGUUCUGGGAGGAGGAGGUGGCGGACAUCCAGAAGUACCUGGAGGAGCAGGUGAACGCCGACCUGCCCGGGGAGAUCCGGCAGGAGCUGCUGGCCCUGAAGCAGAGGGUCGGCCAGAUGUGAGCGGCCGGAGCCCGCCUGAGCGUCACCCCGCCCGUCGCGCCCGGCCGGCCCGACGGUGGCCGGAGCCUGAGCGCAACGGCCGCGGGAGAGGCAGGCCCCGGGGUCACGUUUUGAUUUUUCCGCUGAGACCACAGAGUACAGGCUAGUGACAGCUCUGGGAAGGGAAUCGUAGCGCACCUGCAAAUUUCACAAUCCAAC